AUGUCUUUCGAUAAAGAGUUGCAUCGUGAUCAAGACUCCAAAGAGGGUCAUGAUAUGAACGACACUCGUACAAUGUCUAUUGUUCCUGAACCUACUUGGACAGAGGCCGAGGAAAAGGCAGCAGUCAGGAAGCUGGACAUGAUUCUCAUGCCGCUUCUCGUCCUCGGAUUCUACGCGCUCCAGCUCGACCGUAGCAACAUCAGCAACGCCCUGACCGACACACUGACAACUGACCUAAACAUCACCAAAGACGACGUCAACCUCGGAGAUCAACUCAUGAUGAUUGGUAUCAUCGUCGCCGAGAUCCCCUCUAAUAUCAUUCUUCAAAAACUUGGCGCGCCCAUCUGGCUGACAGGCCAAGUCCUCAUCUGGGGGACUGUCGCCUUGACACAAGCUUGGGUAACUGAUGUGCACUCAUUCUUUGCCACGCGCUUCCUGCUUGGGUUCUUCGAGGCUGGGUUUAUUCCUGGUGCGCAGUAUAUGCUUGCCAUGUUUUAUAGAGAGAAGGAAUUGGCGCUGAGGACGGCCAUUUUCUAUUUUGGUAAUUACUUUGCUACUGCGACGGGUUCGUUGAUUGCAGCUGGUGUCCUUCAGAUGGGCGGCGUCCUUGGGCUGGCGGGCUGGCAGUGGCUUUUUAUCAUCGAGGGAAUCUUCACACUUGUCAUCUUCUUUGUCUUUAUUCUAUUUCUUCCUCGCUCACCAAUUCACACCAAGCCUAUUCACGGCCGCUUCGACCUAUUCUCCACGCGCGAGCGAGACAUUAUGCACCACCGGAUUUACAAAGAAGACAUCUCCAAGACUGAAGCCCACGCUCACAUCAGCUUUGGCGGUAUCAUAGCAGCUCUCACUGACUACCGCCUAUGGAUCCACACGAUUCUCAACGUGGUUGCCCUAGCUCCCAAAGGCGGUCUUCAACUCUACGGACCUACAAUCAUUCGAAGUCUAGGCUUCAGCAAGAUCAACUCCAACCUUCUCAACUCUGUCAGCAGCUUUUGUGUUGUGAUUCUCAGCUUCGCUAUAGCUUGGGCUUCGGAUAGGACGAAGCAGCGUGGUCUGUGGUGCAUGGUUGCGUUUGUCUGGAGUAUUGCUUUUAGCGGUGCCUUGUUUGGAUCAACGGACCAGGACAAGUGGACUAAGUAUGCCUUGUUUACUUUGCUCAGCAGCGGGAAUGCGCUUUCACAGGGCUUGAAUGACGCUUGGUUGAGUAUUAAUGUUCGAUCUGCUGGGAAGCGUAGCAUUGGGCUUGCGUUGGUGGUUAUUGGUAGUAAUGCAGGCGGCUUGGCGGGAAAGCAGCUAUUUCGGGAGAGCGAUGCACCCAAGUAUAAGCGUGGUUUCUUGGCGAUUAUUUUGCUGUAUAUUGCGGCUUUACCAAUUACAGCUGGAAUCAUAUGGGUCUAUUGGCGUCAGAAUAAGAAGGUUGAGAGAAAUGUUGUUGAGGAUGGAGAGGAAGUUGCGGCGGAUACACAACAGUCCAGAUACACUCUUUAG